GGAAGGUGGCAACAUUGUUAUUAACUAGACAGUCAAACAAACAAAUUCCAUUAACUUUUAUUAAAAUUUUCAAACUUUUGAAGAAUAUCAUGUCUUUACAUAUUCCCAAUUGAUGCAAGCAAGCUAAAGAUAUAUCGACUUUAUUCACGCAAUUGACUUGCCGUUUUUAGUAAAGAAUCGAUCGAUUGGGCGAGGCUUGUGCACAAUGGAUUCCUUGGAGGAGCAAUUAAGGCAGCUAACAAUAUUGAACAGCAGGACGAAGGAUGACGAAGGAUAUGUGAGAACCGGAAAGGUAGCAGCUCUGGUGGAGAACUUGCAGCAGAAAGUGUCCGCUGAACAGUGCAAUGUUCAUGGCAAGUCCAAAGUGGCACCGACAAUUCCCCCAAAACCUUUUCGAAAAUCAAUGGAAAUGCCUCAGGUGCCACUCAGCAAACUGGUUACAGAUACUCGAGAGCCAUUAUAUUCGCAACCUCUGCAUAGUUUAGAAUUGGGAGCCAUUAAAGAUACGAAAACUGUAAGCGAAUUCAGACCCGGAUCAGGAUCGAUGCUUUUUCGUAAGCAGCCAACUUACGCAACUCAAAGUGCUGAGAAAUCAGCGACCUUGGAUAAUCCGGCUGUAUUGGAACAGCAAUUGGAAGCAUUGGCAUAUCAUAAACUGCAGAUGGAAAAGAGAGGUCUUUUGGGGUUAAAGGGUCAUGCAACUGAACAACAUUCAACGGUCCCAAGCAUUCCAAAACUAUCCUCAACAUCUCUCAGUGCACGUAAUUUAACAAGCAGCCAAAAUGCUUCAGCUUACAGCAAUCUGAGAACAUGUCCAGAUAAUACAAAGCCUGAAUAUAUGCAUUUAUCUACACGCUCCGAAAAUAAUGCUAGUAUACUAUAUUCAAAUAUACAACAAACCGUUACACAAAAAAAUUUAAAGCCAAUUUCAAGCAUGGAGCCGUUGCCUGGGCAACUUUCAAUUUGUACAAGCUCCUUCAUAAAAAAGGACUUUGAUGAUGAACUACCGCCACCACCAAGUCCGGUGAGCUCUUCUUAUAGCGAGCUUCGGCGAGCAAGUGAUAUCUUCAACAAGGCCGUAGUAAAUCCACAGGAAAAUAAUGUAAUUCAUGGGCAAUUGCCCAUGCCCGUAGUUUCACACGGAAAUUAUGCCAACCAUUAUGUGCAGAACACAACUCCCAAGUACUAUCAAGGCAAAUCCUGCGCGGACUAUUAUGGCUAUGGUGGACUAUCUCAGACCUCUUCAACGUAUGAUUCGAUAUAUGAGCCCAUUAAUCCCCGUCCGCCUAACGAUAACACAUUACGAACUAAUUAUAAUAUGUAUGCGAAUAUCAAUCAAAGCAAUAUACCGAUCAAUUCCACAAAUACUGAAAAUACAUCAAUGUACUGCAGUGGAGGAAUCGCUACUGACGAAAGUAUUGAUCCAAAUUAUUCGAAAAGGGAUACAGAUACAAUUGACGACAGUCAAAGCAAUUAUCACUUAACACCAAUUGAUUCAACGAAUGAAGUUGAGAGCUAUGGACGUUGUUAUAAAUGCGGCGAACGCGUUUUAGGCGAGAACAGCGGUUGUACGGCAAUGGAUCAAAUUUAUCACAUUUCGUGUUUUACUUGCACCGAAUGCCAAAUAAAUCUGCAGGGAAAACCAUUUUAUGCACUGGAGGGUAAUCCCUUUUGUGAAUAUGAUUACCUACAGACCUUGGAGAAGUGUUCCGUUUGCCUCAAGCCAAUUCUGGAGCGGAUUCUGAGGGCGACGGGCAAACCGUAUCAUCCACAAUGUUUUACGUGUGUUGUGUGUGGAAAUAGUUUAGAUGCAAUUCCAUUUACAGUUGAUGCCACUAAUCAAAAUUACUGUAUUGCUGAUUUUCACAAAAAAUUUGCACCCCGAUGCUGUGUAUGUAAGGAGCCGAUUUUGCCGGAACCUGGUCAAGAGGAAACUGUGCGCGUAGUCGCCCUAGAUCGAAGCUUUCACUUGGAAUGCUAUAAAUGCGAGGACUGUGGCCUCUUAUUAUCCUCGGAAGCUGAUGGACGAGGAUGCUAUCCUCUAGAUGAUCAUGUUUUGUGUAAAAGCUGCAAUGCUCGCCGUGUACAAGUUUUGACAAAUCGCAUGACCUAAGACUCUGGAGAUAGAACAGCUUCUUAUUGAUUAAAUUAACUAAAAUUCUCAUAACUAUUAUUUUCACUUUAAUAUAUCAUAUGCAUUCCAGUCAAAUGUGUUACUCAACUCAUAUAGUUAAAUAGGUAGUCCGUAAAUAUCCAUUCAUAAAUUAAAUCAUAUUAACGCACGGCCGUUAAAUCAUAUACUUAAA